CGAUUUUUUUCACUACAUGAAAAGCCGGCUUUGAUUGAUAAAUAGAUUUCAUCUUUUGUUACGCAUAAGAUUAAGAUUUUGUAAUCAUGCUUGUUAGAAAAUUAGUUUGAAGAACACACGUUUUCUGUAUAGUCACAAAAAAAAAUUACUCGAAGAUCGAACAUUUGCCAUUAAUAUUGACCCACAGACAAGUCGGAUACUACGAAAUUUAGCUAGCAAACUAAUCUUAUAAAUUUGACGACCUUGAUUACAAUGGUUGAGUAUACUCGUCAGCCAUGUCCUAUACGCGUUGUGGAGGAUUGUGGCUGUGCAUUUUUAAUGGGAGCCAUCGGGGGCACCAUGUUUCAGUAUAUGCGGGGAUUUAGGAAUGCGCCAGCUGGAUUGGUACGCGGACUGUACGGCGGUUUGGAUUCCGUUAAAAUGAGAACGCCAGCGAUGGCGGGUAACUUUGCCGUUUGGGGUGCAACGUUCAGUUCCGUGGACUGCACAUUGGUCUACAUGAGGCAGCAGGAGGACACGUGGAAUUCAAUAAUUAGCGGAGCUGCAACGGGCGGAAUUCUCGCCGCACGUAACGGAAUCAAGGCAAUGGGAAAUGGCGCAUUGGUUGGAGGACUGGUGCUGGCCUUAAUAGAAGGAGCCGGCGCAGCAGUGGCCACAAUUUAUGCUGCACAACCUGCCAACGGCGAGCAUGCUAAUAAUCCUAUACGCCCGGAAUGGGAGCUGUUCUCAGUGGCACCCAGUGUCAAUGAGGAGAACAGUAGAAGUGCCAACGAUGCGCUGGCGGAGAUUGAGCGUGUUGUGGAGAAAUGCAACAGCAACAACAACAGCAGCAGAAGGUCAACACGCGUCUCAAUGCUAGGCCGGAAAACGAAUCCCGUGGAGAGUAUUCAAAACGGGAGCCAGGAUUACGCCAAACCGCCGCCGUCCCUGCUAGAGCUGGUUAAACUGGCUAACUUUUUUUAAAACAUAAAACAUUUAAAUCCAUUUCGGCAGUCUUAGUCUUAAUAUAUCAGCCAAAUUAAAUGCAUAUGCAUUGGAUGUCAAAUA